AUGUCCAACAAUGCGCCGACACCCACGCGGGGAGGCUUGUCGCUCUAUGCGAACCUCCUUGACCCGAAUAAUGCUGGCCCUGGCACCAUCUCCAGUGCACCGGUCUCCUACAAGCCGGUCGAAAGCUCUCCCGAACAGGAUGAGGCUGUCAAGCGACAGCAAGCACUCGCUGGUACAUUCUUCGUCAUCGCUGCGCAAAAGGCAAAAGCAAAAGCCAUCGCCAGUAAAUUCGGUGUCCCUCCAGCGGCCAGUACUACAACCUCCACAGUCGAAGGCGCCGCAAGUGCUGCCACAGAAACUUCAGUGCCGCAACCACCUGCGCCCAAGACCACUCUUGCGGACUGGACAGCUACGGCGUCGGACGACGAUGACGUGAACAAUUUCUACGCUGGGAAGCGCCAGCGAGGAGGUCGUAAGAAACGCAAAAAGAACAAGGCAGCAGCAGAAGUGACUCAGAAUUGGGACGACAUCUACGAUCCGAGCAGACCCAACAAUUACGAAGAAUACAAGCACAGCGAGGAGAAGAUCCGCGAAGUCAGGGAGUGGAAGGACCUCCUCUACAGACACCGCAUAAGGCAGAGGAGUUAUAGUGACUCCGAAGACGAUGACUACCAUCGCCCCAUGAACAAACAAUUCGCUCCGCCUUCCAUGUCUUUUGCUCCUCCACCUAACCUGAAUGACGACAGCCCUCCUCCACCGCCACCACCUGUCGAGAUUCCGGACGAUACAACUGGGGAAGACGCGUAUCUGAGACGAAUGCGCAUGAGUCAAGGCCAGCCGCCAGUUGUUCCUUCGCCUCCAGCAGACAUCCCACAACCUGGUCAGAUUUCCAGGGCACCAGUACGGUAUACCUUACCCACUGCACCAGAAGACCUUUCAGCAUCUGGACCAAACCAGGGACAUGAUGUUGCCGAACCUGAAGCAGGUGUUGAUGAAAAUGGCGAUGAUGACGAACCACGAUCCAAACGUCCUGGGCAAGUGGGAUUUGCUGAACGUCUGAUGGCGAAAUACGGCUGGAGCAAGGGUCAAGGCCUCGGAGCUCACGGCACUGGGAUCAUCAACCCCUUAUAUGCGAAGGCCGACAAACGCAAGAAGAAAUCGGAUGCAGAAGGUGGUGGCUUUGCUACUCCGACAAGUACCGGUAAGAUUCUCGGUGGUAACAAAUCAAAGACUGCCCUUGUCGAGGAAGAAGGCAAGUUUGGAGCAAUGUCUGAAGUGAUUCGCCUUGAGGGCAUGUUGAACGGCCUAGAUCUCGACGACGAACUCACUCAGGGAGAGGGCGGUCUGCUGCAAGAAAUUGGGGAGGAAUGUGGAGACAAAUACGGUAGUGUCGAGAGAGUCUACAUCCAUCGACCAGAAAGUGAAGAGGGCGAGGCAUUGGUGUUUGUACAGUUUGUGAGCCAGCUCAGUGCUCUGCGGGCAGUCAAUGCUUUGGAAGGGAGAAUCUUUAACGGCAAUCCCAUCAAGGCCAAAUUCUGGUCCAAGGAGAAAUUCGAUGCGGCGGAAUAUGUCUAA